AUAAAAGGAGGCCUCCUGGUCCUCAGGACCCCAUCAGCCGUGGACCUCCAUAGCAGAAGAACCAAGGAUGGAAGGGUUCUUGUGGAAGGCCCUGCUGCUGGUUGGGGUUCUGUCAGUCUCUGGGCGCCCCCACCUACCCCACAAUCCGUUGACUUAUGACGAGGCCCUACGUCUCGGAGUGGAGAUCUACAAUAAGAAAGCCAGGGAAGACUCCCUCUACCGUCUCCUGGAGGACGUUCCUCAGCCUGAAUGGGAUCCCUAUUCCGAAAGCAACCAAGAGCUGAACUUCACCAUCAAGGAGACGGUGUGCCCGGCGGAAGAAGAGUUUUCCAUGGAGGAAUGCGACUUCAAAGAAAACGGGCUGGUCAGGAAAUGCACGGGCUACUAUUUCUUGGAGGAGAGGCCCCCAGUGGCUGUUCUCACCUGUGACACCGUGGUGGGAACAGCGAGGGAAGAGGAGAAGGAGGAGGAGAAGGUAAGAAGGAGGACCCGUCCAAACGUGUCAAGAGAUUCAAGGAGUUUUUCCACAGGAUCCGGGAUGGCGUUCGAGAUUUCUUCCGGAAUAACCACUUUGUAUUCGGCCGAGUGGACAACUUGCAUAUCGGGGCAUAAAAGGAGGCAGCCUGGUUCCCGAGGACCACAUCGGUUGUGGCCCUCCUUAGUCGAAGAACCAAGGAUGGAAGGGAACGUUUGGAAGGCCUUGCUGGUGAUUGGGGCUCUUUCCAUCGGCGGGAGCUCCUCCCUUCCACACAAACCGCUGACUUACAACAAGGCCGUGGAGCUUGGAGUGGCCAUCUACAAUAGCAAAGCAGGGGAAGACUCCCGCUACCGUCUCCUGGAGGCUGUUCCUCAGCCUGAGUGGGAUCCCAUUUCUGAAAGCAACCAGGUGCUGAACUUCACCAUGAAGGAGACGGUGUGUCCGGUGGAAGCCGUAUGUUCCUUGGAGGAAUGUGACUUCCGAGAAGACGGGGUGGUCAGGCAAUGCAGAGGCUACUACUUCUUUGAGGAGAGACCCCCGGUGGUUGUAAUCACCUGUGUCACUGUGGCUGGACUGGAGAAGGAGGAGAGAGCAGAGGAGGAGGAGAAGGAAGAAGGGAAGGAAGCAGAGGAGGAGGAGGAGGAGAAGGGUCAGCCCAGGCGGGUCAAGAGAUUCAAGAAUUUUUUCAAGAAGAUCAAGACAGGCAUUAAGAAAGUUAUCAAGAAAACCAAAGAGGCCUUUGCUUCCCAUUUCCGCUGGUAG